UAUGCACAGCUCUGAGGGUGUGUUGAAAACUACCCCACUGUCACUGUGAACCCGUCCAUUGUUCGCCCUUUAUACUGAAACUUCCCCUGAUACGAGAGCAGGCAGGAGUCCCCGGCACCGGCACUCAGUAACCCAACGCCGGGGAGGUCCGCCUCACUCUCUGCUAAACCAGUCUGACGUCUCCGCGUGAUGAAGGGGAAGUAAAGAACUUGUUGUCUAACUUUUAAAUCAAGUUGACUUCUCUGUUGUUGCUUUGCAACCCAGCGUUUUUUUUUAUUAUCAUUUUGUUUUUUUCUGUCAACACUGAGCAUGAACAUGUUCAGAAGAGAUAAAGGCUCCACAGCCCCAACUCCAGUGGUCCCACCAAGACCCAGCAAGGAGGAGCUAGACAACCCGAUCACGCACAGUCUGAGCCAACAGGACGCAGGAGUGACGGCGGCCUCGCAGAAGAGUGGGAUGAUGGGAGUUAUGCAGAAGGUCAACCCAUUCAAGUCUACCUCGCAGGCCCCCUCCACAGUCAGCAAAGCCCCUUCCUCAGAAUCUCUGGAACAGGGAAAAGACUCCACACAGAACCCCGGUGUGCUGAAAGGGGUCAUGCAGAAGGUCAACCCAUUCAAGUCUAACUCCCAGGUCUCAAAAGCUCCAUCUUCAGAGUCCCUGGAACAGGGGAGGGUUUCAGACUCUAAUCAGAACCCGGGUGUGUUCAAAGGAGUGCUGCAGAAAGUCAACCCGUUCAAGCCUUCAACACAGGUGCCAAAGAGCGAUCCUGAAAAUGAUUCUGCAGAUCCACCAGAGGCAGGAAAAGAACUUCAAGGCAAACAGAAUCCAGGGAUGAUGGCAGGCAUGAUGCAGAAAGUCAACCCAUUCAAAUCCUCACAGCCAAAGGACCCCAGGCCUCUAAACAGUGAGCUGUCCUCCAGCAACGGGAGCUUAGCAGAUAAUAACAACGUGCCAGAGAAGCAGAACCCCGGGAUGUUCAAAGGGAUGAUGCAGAAAGUAAACCCCUUUAAGUCUUACACACAGAUGCCAAACGAGGAAUGUCAGACAGACUCUGUAGUUCCUGCUUCCUCAUUAAAGACACAGGAAAACAAAACAAUUCAAAGAGAGCACUCCACCAGCUCUGAAAGUUUGGAUGACAGCACCAUAGAGAGACAUUCUAUUUGGUAUACUGAUGUCAACAACAGCUGCGAAGUGAAGAGCCAGCCAGCAGAGACUCCAAAGAAAAGAACCAGGACUUUCAGGAUAAGGAGGAUUCUGCCUAAUGCAUUGUUUGGGUCCGGGACAAAGGACUCUGGAACAGCAUCCUCUGACACUGCUCAGGAAACCGUGGAAGUUCAGACACUAGAGAUGGCUGAAGUUCCAGUGCCCAGUGAAGGAACAGUCCUGGACCCUCUAGAUGAUGAGGAUGGCCUUCUAGCGUGGUGGAAAACAGUGGAGGGCUGGGAUGAGUGGAAUGAGGCAAACCAGAAUGAUGAAGCUGAAGAAGUGGUGGAAGAAGCAGCGGAUCGUGUCUUCAUGGCUGCCCGUCUUUUUGUCCGCUUCUUCAACCAGCGCGGCGCCUCGCUCCAGCAGCGCAUCCUGGAGCUGCUCUCUUUGGCCGACUCGGCUGACAUUUUCCACAAGAAAACGGUCACGGCCAGCGUUGGUGGUGGUGUGGCCAGCGUGGCGGGGUCGAUCACCACCAUCACCGGCCUCAUUCUGGCGCCCUUCACAAUGGGGACGUCGCUCAUCGUCACGGCUGUAGGCAUUGGCGUAGCUACGGCAGGCGGGGUGGCGUCCGCUUCGGCCAACAUCACAGACACGGUGCAUUCAAAGACGGACCGCAAGAAGGUGGAGAAGAUGAUCCAAGAUUACCAGGAGGAGGUGAAGGACAUCAAGGAGUGUCUGGAGUUUUUGCAGGAUGGGAUGGAGACGCUCGCAGACUGGAACUUUGAGAAGUAUGCUGAGAGCAUCUCAAAGAAACACCUCAACCAGAACGUCAAACAUGUGGUGAAGGAGGGCGGCCGGGCCGGCAAGGCUUUACUGAUCAACACAGAGAGCCUGAUUGGUACCGUUCAAGUCCUUAGCGUUGCAGGAGGGGCUGCCAAAGCUGCCCAGGUGAUGAGCGUCACCACCGGAGUCAUGUCCGGUCUCUUCCUGGCUCUUGAUGUCUUCUUCCUGGCCAAGGAUUCCAUGGAGCUCAAAAAGGGAGCGAAGACGGAGUUCGCCGGUAAGAUCCGAGAAGUGUGUAAGGACCUGCAGGACGGGCUGCUGGAGCUGAACCGCAUCAAGGAAGAGCUGCAGAAAACAAUGGAUGGAAUAGAGGUGGAGGUAGAGGAGGAGGAGGAGGAAGGGGAUGAAGACCUACUGAAGUCUGAAUUGAAGAAACUUGUCGAGCUCGAAGAAUGAAGGACAAAAAGUUAGAAAACCAAAGCCUCACUGCCUUAACCAUAAAAACUAAAGUUCUGUUAUAGCAGAAAUGGGAGUUGUAGUAAUAUAUUUUAAAUAUUUAUAUCAUUUAAAGUAGACAUUUUAAUUCCAAAAGUUGCUGUAUUGUCAUUGUUUGUGUCAUUUGUUAAAUUAAUGUCAAUGUGCAAUAAAAGUGAUUUCCUGCUUA